AUGGCGGCCUCCUUGGACCAGCCUUGGCCGCACCAUGCAGUAAAUGCCGCUCCCCCAGAGCCCCAGGUGAGCAGAUCAUUGCUGUUCUCCACAAGCCACCAAGAAAACAGCUACCAGCAGCAGCAAGACCUGAAACUGCAAAAAUAAAAAUGAAAAAAUUAACAAACAAACCAGGGAAGACUUGGUACAUAAGUGCCAAGGUGUUGCUAGGAACAUGAAUGGCAGGGAUCAACCAGAGAGGCCUUCGAAAAGUACUUAGGGUAAUUGUAAGGGGAUUAGAGGUACUUUCACUGCCUUUGGAACAAUAGUAGCUCUGCCUUUCAAGCCAAACCUUGAGUAUGUGAGUCACCAGUUUGUGAGUGAUUCGAAGCACGAAUAAUCUGAAAUCUAUUCAUUUGGAAGCCUUGUAUAAAGAGCUCUUUAUUGAUAUUGGCCCAUAACAUUAAGCUAACAUUGCAAGGAUGUCAAUGGUUAGGGCAGCCAUGCCAAUGAAAGUCUUUGGGAUUCGGGAGGGGGGCAGAGAGAGUGCAGCUCUAACUCCCGAACAAAUCUUAAGUAUGUUGUGAAAUUAUUUGUUUUCAUUUCUUUCUAUUUUUCUUUUGUUCCUAGGAUUCUACUUUCGCUGGAACUGCAACCAUGACUGGACCCAGAACAAGUGCAAUCAUUGGAGAUCAGGGAACACCAUCAAAGGUCCAGCUGCCCCUCAACAUGUAAGCCUCCAUUUUGCACUGAACAUUGUUUUAAGGAUACGCAACACAUUUUGUCUCUCAUUGUUUGCCGUCUGAAAUAAUAGCUCUGCGACAGGAACACUUCUCAUGUAGUUAUCAUUGUCUUGAACAUAACCCAGCCUUCUGCCAGAGCUGAAAAAUGAACAGUGAAAGGCCAGGUCACCUUCUUUAUAUAGCCCAUUUUUAGCUUCCAAGAUAUUUAUUACAGAUGUAUGAAUCAUUGCAUAGCAGGCUGAGUGGCUAUCAGCUGCAGAAAUCUGCUCCUGCAAAUUAAACCAUUACAUUCCUGUACAAUUGAACACCUGAGACCAUCUUUGUUAGGACGCACAGUUUCUAGAAUGAAAAAAAAAAACCACCCAGUUGUGCACUGUAGAAAAAGAAUAACGAAGACAUAGCGUGAACAUCAUAUGUGCAAAAAGCUUCAGCUUAGGCAAAAGAUGAUUCAGGUUGAUUAACUAUUACUUAGAAGAAGAAGAGGUUGACUUUAUCAGGGAUAACUUUAAAUGUCUUUAAAUAAAUCUCAUAAUGGAUGUGCUUUAUAUUUGUAUGUAUUUGACGUAAGUUAUGCUGCUGAAACAGAAACCCAAGUGUGGGCCUGAUUUCCAAAAAUAAAUCUGAAUUUAAUAAUCUGCUUUGCCCAAAGGAGAAAUUCGGGAAACUAAAUUACCCUGCUUUUAACUUCUCUUUUCAAUGAGGGCACAAUGUCUUUAGAAUGUCCAUAAUCAGGAACAUAGGAAGCUGCCUUAUGCUGAGCUAAGCCAUUAGCCCAUCUAGCUGAGCAUAAUAAUAAUAAUAAUUUAUUAUUAUUUAUUUAUUAAUAUCCUGCCCAUCUGGCUGGGUUUCCCAAUAGAAUAUUAAAAACACGAUAAAACAUCAAACAUUAAAAACUUCCCUAAACAGGGCUGCCUUCAGGUGUCUUCUAAAAGUCAGAGAGUUGUUUAUUUCCUUGACAUCUGAUGGGAGGGCGUUCCACAGGACGGGCACCACUACCAAGAAGGCCCUCUGCCUGGUUCCCUGUAACCUCACUUCUCGCAGUGAGGGAACCGCUAGAAAGCCCUCGGAGCUGGACCUCACUGUCUGGGCUGAACGAUGGAGGUGGGAAAGUUCCUUCAGGUAUACUGGGCUGAGGCCGUUUAGGGCUUUAAAGGUCAGCACCUACACUUUGAAUUGUGCUACACUAGUGUUUCCCAAACUGUUUUUAGACUAUAACUCCCAUCAUCCUUAGUUAGGUGGACCAAUGGUCAGGGAUGAUGGGAAUUGUAGUCCAAAAACAGCUGGAGACCCAAGUUUGGGAAACACUGAUCCACACUGACUGGCAGCGUAAGAAUUUUAAACAAGGGUCUCUGUCUCCCAGCCCUGCCUGGAGAUGCAUUCAGACAUAGGCCAUCUUUAGACUUACCUGUUACUGCUUAGCCCACUGUGAAUGAGCUGCAAUGAACCUUCGAUCAGUGUGCUCUGCUCUCCUCCUCCCAUGCAAUUGCUUUUCCACCCAGUUUGGCGUAGCAGAGGUUAGAUCAUUUCAUCUGAGCCAGCAAACUAUGAUAAACAUUAACUGGUUUGUUUGAAACAAGGCUAUUUGAUGGAACCAUGGCUCAGGAUGAACAUUGCACAAAGCUGUGUUUCAGCAUGACUUCUGAAUGCUGCCUUAAUGUAUUUGUAUAAGAAGAGAACUAUCUGUUGGAACAUAGGAAUCUGCCUUGUAGUCAGGCGAUUGGUUCAUCCUAUUUCCCACACGGACUGGCAGUGGCUUACCAGGGUUUCAGAUGAGGGAUCCACCCACGACCAAGGACUGAACCUGGGACCUUGUGCCUGCAAAGCAGAUGUUCUAGCCCUUAAGCUUCAGCUUUCGUAGUAAUUCGCUGUGGUGGUGAAACUUCAUUGAUGGGCAAGGAAACACCACGCCAGAUAAGAUAAUUGGAUAGUAACAGUUGUACAGGUAACAGUAUACAGUCAUACCUCGGGUUAAAUAUGCUUCGAGUUGAGCACGUUCGAGUUGUGCUCCUCGGCAACCCGGAAGUAACAGAGCAAGUUACUUCCGGGUUUCGCCACUUGCGCAUGUGCAGACGCUCAAAAUGACAUCACGAGCAUGCGCAGAAGCGGCGAAAAGCAACGCGCGUGUGCGCAAACGUGCCGUCGCUAGUUACAAUUACUUCUAGAUGCGAACGGGGCUCCGGAACGGAUCCCGUUUGUAUCUAGAGGUACCACUGUAAUUGUACAAAUCAUAGAAUUGUAGAUGUGUUUCAGUUUGCAGUAUAAGCAGUUAAUUCCCCAUCUUUCAUCGCUAAAAAUAUAUAUAUAAGGCAGGUCCUCUCUUCAUUUUAGCAGCCAGUUGCCUACGUUGUUUCACUUGACCAAGUUAUAGAAUAUUUUAUAUAGAGAGGGGAAAGAAAAAUAAGCACCUUCGUGCUCUUUGUGGCCGGGAGCCAGGCAUCACUUCAAAGCAAUUGUGUCUCGAACUGAUAAUAGACCUACAGAGAUGACAUUAACCAUAGCACCAUGAAUUCAACAUUAUAAAUUCAGUCACAGUUGAGUCCCUCAGGCCCAAAGUUAAAUCUGGAAAUUCUGGCAGGCAACUUUUAGUGCUGAAUAUUGUAGAUUAAAACUGUGUCAGUUAACUAGAUCCAGCCCACCGUACUGUGAAAUGUCAUCUUAUUGCCGCUUUGAAGGUGCUAGGGUGAUUUUUUCCUCUCUCUCUCUCUCUCUUUAUAGUUUAUCUCAGCCUCAAAGUGUAUGCUAGUGGGUGAUGAAAAGCAGUCAUGUCCAGAGACUUCGUAGCCGGAUAACGCUGUUAAUCUCAAUACUAUGCCAAGAGCAUGCUCCAAGGAAAUAUAAAUACAUUUUCCCCCCCUUAUCUAGGUCGUUUCGGCACAAGAAUGGCUUUUCCGUGCUUUUUUGCAACAGGUGUCAAGCAGGGCUCCCUUCCACCUCCAUCCAGCAAUCAUAUCCACGCCUAAGGGUUGGGUCAAGUUUUGCAAAGGUGGUUUUUAGAAAUGUUGGUACAGCCAUCUUUGCUAAAAACAGGGAUAGGGAACCUGCAGUCUUCCAGAUAUUGUUAGACAACAAAUCCCACAAUCCCACAAUAUCAUAGGCCAUGGUGGCUAGGGCUGAUGGGAGAUAGUGCCUUGCAACAUCUGGGCAGCCACAGUUUCCCUACCAAUGAUUAAAAGUGUCAAUCACACUGAUGGUCAAUGGACAGACAAGACUGGGUACAGUUAUGAACCCAGCAGCAAGUCUUAUUGAAGGUGCCGAAAGAAAAGCAGCUGAAACUGGUCAAUCAACAACAUUUAUCAGGUAACUUGCAGCCUCAUCUAAUUCAAGGUUUAUUACCGUAUUUUUCACUCUAUAGGACACACUUUUUCCCCUCCAAAAAUGAAUGGGAAAUGUGUGUGCGUCCUAUGGAGCGAAUGCAGGCUUUCGCUGAAGCCUGGAGAGCGAGAGAGGUCGGUGCGCCCUGCCCCCUCUUGCUCUCCAGGCUUCAGGAAGCUAACCGCAAGCCUGGGGAGCUUGGCGGGAGUUCCCGCCGGGCUCCCCAGGCUUGCGGAUAGCAGCCUGCAUCCAGAAGCCUGGUUUGGAAGCUGGCGGUGGGGGAAAGCAGCGCUCCCCCCCCCCCGCCAGCCCCAAAGAGCAGGUCGAAAGGAACCCAAAGCCUCCAGAGCCCAGCGGGAACUCCCGCUGGGCUCCGGAGGCUUCGGGUGAAUGCACCUUGAACGCACAGAACACACCUUGACUUAGAAUUUUUUCCCCCCUGUUCUCCCCCCCUAUGGUCCGGUGCGUCCUAUGGUCCGGUGCGUCCAAUAGAGCGAAAAAUACGGUAUAUAUGGCAUUGCAAGUCUUUGUUCAGGCAAAAACAGUUAAAUUGUCAUCCUGUGGAAGACCAAAGCCACUUAGUUCUUAUAUAGUGGAGAGAGAAUAUUAUCAUAGUGCCUAACCACCACAGCAUGGUGCUAGGACCAUAGCUAGGGAUUGUACAUUUGCUCUUCUGGUUUCAGUGCAAGUUCCACUGGGUGGCUUGGUACCCCUUCUGUACCUUCUUCCAACCUCUCGACCUGCUCAAAGAAGCCCUUUAAACAAACACUCCUGUGCCACAUUUCAUCUUUUCCUCAAUGACUUAGUAGCUGCAACUGCUUGUUUGCCUGCGUAAAGGUAAAGGCAAAUUCCCAGUUUGUCCCUUUCUAGUGCCACUGGCCAGUUGCAGAUAGUGUUAAUAUCUAUGUCUGGUGUGUGCAUGUCGCCCAGGAGUGGCAGACAGCAUGGCCCAUGGUAGAGUGGUCCAUUGCACAUGUAUGGCCAAUGAGGAUGGCUGCAGUACUUUCGCAUGUUUACCAUCAAAUAAACACAUAAAAGAUCAGAACAUUCCAUACUGCAAGCACAUGGUAAAUUGAGCCCCAAAGUGCACCUACAGGACUUGUUAGAAAAAUGUAAGUGUCCUAAUAAUUACUGCCAUUUUUAUUUCCUGACUGCAAAACAGUGCAAAAGAAUUCGUGGCACUGUAAAGAAAAGGAUAAAGAAAGAAAGCAGGAUUUAUUUUUCAAAUUACAUUUCCUGGAAAACAGAAGUUUUAAAAGCCAUGCAUCAUAUUUAUUGGCUGCAGUCUAUAGUCACAAGUAGUUCAGUGUUUCUUUUGUCCUAUGUUCUGGGACUGAACUCCUCCUACUCCUGUUACUCCUAUUGCUAGAAAAAUCCACAUGGGUUUUAGUAGAAAAGGGCAGUUUUGUGCAAUGCAGCAAAUGUUCAGAACAUUUUAAGGAGCAUUUUCAUAGCUGAUAAACAGGGGGAACUGGGAAUUGUUUUCUUUAUUAAUUAUUUCUAGUAAUUGUUUCGUAGUAUUUCUGGAUUAUUGCAUCAUUUUAAUCAUAGAAUCUUACAGUUAGAAGGGACCCAAUAGCCAUCUAGUACAGCCCCCUGCAAUGAAUUCUGAUUCAUUGUUCCUUCUCAUCUCAGUCUGUCACAUCCAGCUAAGAUUGAGACUGUCCUUUUGACACCAGUGGAGGAAGUUAUUGACAACUGUCCAAUUAUUAUUAGUGAGUCCAAUUAGGUGCCAUGCCUAACUUUACCGGAAUGGAGCCAUUUUGUACUCUUGCUUUUUACAGUGGUACCUCAGUUUAAGAACUUAAUUCGUUCUGGAGGUCCAUUCUUAACCUGAAACUGUUCUUAACCUGAGAUACCACUUUAGCUAAUGGGGCCUCCCGCUACCGCUGUGCCACGGCCGCACAAUUUCUGUUCUCAUCCUGAAGCAAAGUUCUUAACCCGAGGUACUAUUUCUGGGUUAGCGGAGUCUGUAACCUGAAGCGUCUGUAACCUGAAGCAUCUGUAACCCAAGGUACCACUGUAGUUGGAAUAAUUUGCCAUUCUUUACACUUUCAAUAACUCCCUCUUACCUAUGUAUUUAGAAAGCAUCGUUUAUGACAAACAGAGCUUUCUGAUUGGGGGGAACUGAGAUGCAGCCUGAAUCAGGUCACAUGUGUGUGUUUCAACUUCAUACCUUCCUUUUUUAUGUCAUUCCUUUCUUACAGCUACUUGGCAUUAUAUGCAUACAAGCCCCAGAAGACAGAUGAACUGGAACUACGCAAGGGUGAAAUGUAUCGCGUUAUUGAGAAGUGUCAGGAUGGCUGGUUCAAAGGGACGUCUUUGAGAAACGGCAUGUCUGGAGUCUUUCCCGGCAACUACGUAACUCCUGUUUCGAGGUGAGAAACAGUGGAAAGAUCGGCACUGAGCAAUCAUACAUAUCCUGAGCAAUGUUCGCAUACGAAUAUAUUUCUUUUCAGGUUGCACUGGGUUCCCCUAAAAUAGAGAGAAAGAGAGAGGCCAUAGUGUAUAUCACUCUGCUAUCAGUCAUACUUCAUGUACGUGUCAGAGACCCUAGAUUGUUGGUUACACUCAGGAUAGAUAGCACUUGACUAAAGGGUUUAUUGGUCUUACUCAGUGACCCAGUUUAGAGGUAACAUUCCUGGUCCAAUAAGCCAUGCUUUAUUCAAGAGGGAAUGAGCUCAGGUGCUUCCUUCUCUGUAUCUCUACCUAUAGAAUUACAUACCUGUAGAGUUGGAAAGGAGCCUAAGGGUCAUUCUGCUCCAACCCCCUGCAAUGCAAGAAUCUCAGCUAAAGCAUCCAUGGAAGAUGGCCAACCAACUCUGCUUAAAAACUUCCAUGGGAGUCCAUUACCUGCCGAGGGAGUCUGUUCCACUGUCUAACAGCUCUAAGUCCCUGAGAGUUCUUCCUGAUGUUUAGUCAGAAUCUCCUUUCUUGUAACUUGAAUCCCCCCGGAGUAAGAGAAAACAAGCUUGCUUCAUCUUCCAUGUGACAGCCCUUUACAUAUUUGAAGAUGGCUCUCCUAGCUCUUAACAGACUCCUCUUUCCCAGGCUAAACAUACCCAACUCCCUCGACCAUUCCUCAUAAGGCUUGGUUUCCAGACCCUUGAUCAUCUUGGUUGCCCUCCUCUGCACACAAUCCAGCUUGCCAAUGUCCUUCUUAAAUUGUGGCACCCAGAACUCGCCACAGGAUUCCAUGUGUGGUCUGACCAAGGCACAAUAGAGUGGUACUAUUACUUCCCUUGACGUGGACACUAUACUUCUAGUAUAGCCUAGAAUAGCAUUAGCUUCUUUUGCUGCUUCAUCACUGUCAAGGAACUGCCGUCAUCUCAGAGGCGAGAGGUGGAAGAGCAGUUGUGGUUACAGGGAGCCUCCGAAGAUCUUGCGAAGCAGUUCUUCCUCUGGUGAGGAGGGAAGCCCCGCCUCCAGUGGGGAAGGGACACAGGGAUCAGAAGAUGCUAGGGAGAGCCUCAACACCAAGCCUGGGCAAAGGGGAGGGGAGGCAAGUCCCCCUUUGCCAGCGCCCACGUUGCACAGUAGGUUUGCGCGCAGAGAGAGGAGGAGAAGGAUGGGGCUCACUACUGUUAUGCUGGGGAAGGUAUAAGGACCGCCCACUCCCAGAUUCCCAGCUGUCAGAGCUGCUUCCAGAUCCUAGCUCACAGAGGAUCACGCUAGCCAGCGAUCAUUAAACAAAAGUCUUUAUUGAGUUACAGUUUCCAUUCUCAAGCUGCUGCGUGCAACUCUACGUCUCAUGGUUAGAUCGGCGAAGCUCCGUCUGAGUCUCCGCCCCUUGUACACCAACUUAAUAUCCUAGCCCUGCUCCACCUUUUCCGCCUGACUGUUCUUCUCUGGGUCCCUCUGCCCCCCGGGGUCUCUUCCUUCCGGGAUUCCUCUGACGCUGACUCCCCUGACUCUUCUCCCUCCUUUCGGCGGGCUUUAGGACCUGGCUCCCUUUCCGGGCUGCCUACUGCGCCACCUUCCUGUGCAUUUGAACUUGCGCGCGCGCCCAACCUUCCACCUUCCGUCUGACCGUUUCUUCGCUCCCCGAUGGAGGUGUGGCCACUCCUGACUCGUGCCCUCCCCCCUGUUGUGAGUUGCCAGCGCUUGAUCCCUGGCGCCCUUCCUCUUCCCUGCUCUCUGGCGGUGACGCUGGUCCCGAUUUCCAACUGCUCCCCUCUGAGUCCCCUCUGGCUCUAUCUUCCUGGGGUGUCCCCUAGGCUCCCCCUUGCCCUGGCCACUGGUGCUCCUUUCUGUGAAUCUUCUGAUUCACUGGAAAGACUCGGAGAUCUCGGGUCGUCGUCAUCACUCAUCUUUUCUUCUGCCUCCUCCCCCUCGCUCUCUGUUUCCUCCCUUGCCCUUGCCUCUGCUCCUGAACCCCUGACAUCCAUCCCCCUCGAAGCCCCCUCUUCCCCCUCCCCUCCUUCCGGUGCGGGAUCUGGGUGCUGCCGUGUCAGGGGACGAAUGUCGGAUACAGUUCGCUUCCCGUGGCGGGCCGCCAUCUGAAGUCUUCCGGUUCUUCCUCCCUGCUCUCGUUGACGACGGUCACCUCCGCUUCCAUCUCUGUGCCGCCGUGCUCGAAACCCGGGUCGUCCCGAAAAGUCCAUGUCCGUCUCUCCCUCGUUGCCUUCUGGAGACGUUGCUCGUCCUGGACCCUCCAGCCACCUUCUACGGAACUGCUCCUCUGGUCGAUCAUCCCACCAAUACGAGGGUUCUGAAGCAGAUCCUGAGGGUGACCCCUCCGGGGAACGGGCGUCUCGUGUCGGUUCCUCGUCCGAGUCGAACCCCGGAACGUGCUGGCUGAAAGCGUGGGCGUGAAAAGCCAGUCGUCGAAAAGUCUGCUGGCAUUGGCCUAUGUGGGAAGAGGUCAUGAAACUCUUCUUUGAGCAGAGGUUCGUCUUAUGCGUAGGCCGUCACCCAUGUGUUGGCACUGGCCGGGUGGCCCUCCUUGGCGAGAAGGUAUUCUACCCCCUCUUCCCCCCAUCUGGAGUCCAAAAUCUCCGUGACUUCGUUGAUGCGCUCCUCCCGUGCCACUCCCCCCUGCCCGGUUCUCUCUCGGAGCGGACCCGGUGCCGUUCCUGGUUCCUGAAACCUGUGAGGUGCCUUGUAGGGAGUGAGCACCGAUCUGUGGAACACCGGAUGCAUUCUGGAACCCUCCGGAAGAGCCAGCCUGAAAGCCACCGGGUUGACCUGUUCUUCGACUUGGUAGGGCCCCAGUUGUUUAUGCCCUAGUUUCUUCUUCGCCAACGACCUGGCCGGCACUGCGUGGGCUGCUAACCAGACCCAGUCUCCCACAUGGAUCUCUUCGCCAACCCUUCUGUGUUUGUCCGCUUGUACCUUGUAUGCGUGUUUAGCCAGCUCCAGGUGCCGCCGCAGCUGAUCGUGGACCUCCUGCAACUCCGACGCGAAUGCAUCUGCUGUCUGCGGCCCCCCUCCCCCAUUCUUUCCAGUCCCGGGAAGGUUCUGGGGUGCCUCCCGUUGUUGGCGAAGAACGGCGUGACCCCCGUGGACACGUGCUUCGUGUUGUUGUAGGCGAACUCGGCGAGAGGCAGGUAAUCCACCCACGUCGCAGGCUGUUGAUUCGCAUAACAUCUCAGGUACUGCUGCAUGAUGGCAUUGACCCGCUCCGCUUGCCCAUUGGUCUGCGGGUGUCUAGCCGACGCCAGGUUGAUCUUGACGUUCAGGAAGCCCAUCAGCCUCUGCCAGAAGUUCGAGAUGAACUGUCGCCCUCGGUCGGACAGAAUAGACCGCGGCAGACCGUGAACCUUGAACACGUGGUCUAUGAACAGUUUGGCGGUUUGUUCCGCCGUGGCCACCUUCGCACACGGAAUGAAAUGUGCCAUCUUGGAGAACAAGUCCACCACCACCAGCACAGCCGUCUUGCCCCUCGAGCUGGGCAGAUCCGUGACAAAGUCCAGGGCCACUCUCUCCCAUGGUUCGAACGGAGUUUGCAGCGGUUCCAGCAGUCCGGCCGGCGGUCUGUGCACUGGUUUGGCCCUCUGGCAGGUGUCACACCUCGCCACGUAGUCCGCGACUUCCCCUCUCAUUCCUGGCCACCAGAAGUCUCUGGCUACUAAUUCCACCGUUUUCUCCUUGCCAAAGUGCCCGGCAGUGGGCGCGUCGUGCAGCUGCUGCAGUACCUUGGCGCGAAGUUCGUCUCCCGGCACGUAGAUGGCCCCUUUACGGAUGAGCAAACCAUCUCGCAGCUGGAACUCGUCGGUCGCUGCCGUGCCCCUGUGCGCCUCUGCCAUCUUUGCUUGCGCGAAGGAGUCAUCCUGCAACGCUCGUCGCACCGCCUCCAGGUCAACUGUUGCCGCCGUGCACGCCCACACUGUCGGUGCGAAGAUGUGCAUGGCGGCCGCUGGCGUUGCCUCCUCCAAAUACUGUGGCUUACGGGAGAGAGCAUCCGCCAUGAUGUUGGUGUCCCCGGGACAUACUCUAUUCGGAAGUCGAAAUUCGCAAAGAACUCAGCCCAACGUAUCUGCCUCUGGUUCAGGAACUGUGCCGUGCGCCAGUGCUCUAGAUUCUUGUGGUCCGUGCAGACCUGCACCGUGUGCUUGGCGCCGAUCAGGAAGUGCCUCCACGCUUUGAACGCUGCAUGAAUGGCCAGCAACUCCCUGUCCCAGAUGGUGUAGUUCUGUUCGGACUUGCUGAGCUUCCUUGAGUAAAACGCUCCCGGCCUCCAAACCCCCUGCGGGUCCUUCUGCAGCAGGACUGCUCCCACGGCUCUGUCCGAGCGUCUGUCUCCACCCUCAUCGGCCUGCUGGGGUUGACAUGAAGCAGUUGCUCUUCCGACGCGAAGAGGCGGCUUGAGUGCCUGAAAGGACUGCUCCGCCUGCUCAGUCCAGAUGAACUUCUUUUCUUGGAGCUGAGCGUGUCCGUGAUGGCCGCUGUCUGCAUGGCAAAGCCUUUGAUAAACUUGCGAUAGAAGUUCGCAAAGCCGACAAACCGUUGGACCUCCUUCCGGUUGCGUGGGCUUUUCCAAUCCAACACUGCUCGGACCUUGGUGCUGUCCAUGGCGAGCCCUUUAUCAGACAACUUGUAGCCCAGGAAAUCCACCUCCGUCACGUCGAAUUGGCACUUCUCCAGCUUGGCGUAAAGCCUAUGUUGCUGUAGCCUGCUCAGCACUUCUUUGACGUGCCUGUCAUGCUCCUGCUGCGAUUCCGAAAAGAUCAGGAUGUCAUCCAAGAAACAGACGCACGUCUUGUAGAGGAGCCCCGCCAACACGUGAUGCAUGAAAGCUUGAAAAACGUGGGAACCAUUUUGCAAUCCAAAAGGCAUAACUCUAUAUUCGUAGGUGCCCAGGGGCGUGAACAUGGCUGUCUUCCACUCAUCUCCUUCCCGCAUGCGAAUGAGGUUGUACGCCCCUCGCAGGUCCAACUUGGUGAACACGCUGCCCUUCCGUACCUUCGCGAGGAGGUCGUCGAUUCGGGGCAUGGGGAAGUCCGAUGGCUUGGUCACGCUGUUCAAAAUGCGAUAGUCCACUACAAGUCUUUUUUGGUGCGUGUCCCGCUUCUUAACAAAGAAUACCGGACUGCCCCCCCGCUGCCGUGGACUCUCGGAUGAAACCGCGCUCCAAAUUAUGAUCUAUGAACUCUUUGAGUUCCUGCAGUUCGUCCUCAGACAUGGAAUACAACUUCCCUUUGGGCAGCGCCGCCCCCCGGCAGCAGGUCAAUUUUGCAGUCAUAUGGUCUGUGGGGGGGUAGCCUGUCUGCCUCCUUCUCACAGAAAACCUCCAAAAAUGCUGCGUACUUGUGGGGAACCGCUUGCAGCGUGCCGAGCUGCAGCUGUGACUCCUCUUCCUCUCCUUCCUGCCGGGGCACGAUGCAGUGUUCAGCGCAAAAGGAAGAGCCGAAGGUCAGCUGCCUCUGGUACCAAGCCAGCGUCGGGCUGUGCUUGUCCAGCCAACUCAUGCCCAAUACAAUGGGCGUGUCCGAUAGUUGAGUGACAUUGAAGCUGAUGAUUUCCCUGUGAUUCCCAAGUCUCAUCACCAUUGGUGGCGUCUGCUUCACCACUUGCCCCCCUAGCAGCUCCCUGCCAUCCACCGUGACAACCUGCAGGGGCAGCGUGGCAGGCAGCAACUGUAUAGCGUGCCGGUCGACAAAGUCCUGCCCUAUAAAGUCCGCAUUGCUUCCGGAGUCAAUGGUGAUUGGCACGUCCAUGGUGAUGCCAUUGGGCAGCUGGAGCGACGCGGUGAGCCUCACUACUGGUUUGGGCGGGAGGGGUCCAUGGGCUGUAAAAUCGCUGGGGACUGCUUCACUGACACGUCUGGCUGGGCCCCAGUGCCUCUUUCUCCAGCCAGACUCCGUCGUUUCCCUGCCGUGGUUCUCCUUGCUGCGUUGCUGCAGUUACCAUUGCUGAGGCUGCAGUGUGCUUGUGGAGCCUCUGGGGACACUCUUUCGCCAUAUGCUGUGGAUCAUCGCAGAUGUAACACUUCCUGUUCCCUCUAGGAGGCUUCGCUUUCACUGCUGCCGGUGCUAGGGCUCUGGCUGCUGACUGAGCCCUUGCACCUCCAACCUCCAUAGGUUCCGCUCCUCCUCCUGGCGGAGGCGUGGAUUGCGCACGCGCUGCUUCUCUGGGAAGGAAGGAGGAGCCCCUGGCUGGUUCGCGCCCUCCACGCCCUUCGUCCCUGCUCCACGGACGUUCUUCCAGCCGCACCCCCACCGCCAGCGCCCUCUGAACGAUCUCCUGCGUGGUCCGGGGUCUCUCCCCUCUCGCAAUUUCAUCUUUAACCGAGCCGUGCAAUCCCUCCCAAAACAGGUCUCUUACAGGAGCCGAAUCUCUGUCCCAUUCCAGAGCACUGACCAAAGCGAAAAGCGGGCAUGGUACUGCCUUACGCUGGCCCUCCCUUGCUUCAGUCCAUGUAUCUGCUGCCGAGCAAGAUCCACGUCAAUGCUUGAUAAAAGCACCCAUCCAUCGCUUUAAUAAAGGCAUCCGCAUUUUGGAGCGCCGGAUCCUUAUCUCUCCACAAAUUGCGCAGCCAUGCUUUAGCAUCUCCAUGCAAAUGGGACAUGAUGAAUCCCACCUUCUCUUGCUCAUCUCUAAAGUCUUUGUUCAGCAGUUGCAGUGCACACAUUACAUCUGCUCUAAAGUUGGGGUACUGUUGCAAAUUCCCAUCGAAGUGAGAGACCAGACCGCCUGUUCGUCUCCCCAACCCAAUCCCCUCCGGUUUGGGUGUCAGUUGCCCUUGCUUCGUAAGCACUUCCAACCUGACCUGGAGAUCCCUGUAGGCGGCAGCUGCAAGUCCUACGCUACUCUUCCUGGAUGCAGAGCUUCGUGCAUUCAGUCGUGACACUGCUACUAUGAGGUUCCGCUAUCUGCUGUUCAGAGCCGUCAUAUUGUCUGCCUGUCAGAGCUGGCUCCAGGUCCUACAGCUGCCCCUAGCGUAACCAACAUCACUAGCGGCAGUCAUAUAGCAUAGGGCUUUCUCUAGAGUCCAGCUUCUGAGACUCAAUGCCCUCAGCCAGUGUCUAGGUUCACGAGCCAUUACUCCAUCUCUACGCUCUCGGUUCUCCACUGUCCUGCUGCCCCGGGUCCCUUCCUUCCUGGAUGUCUUCUGACGCUAGACCCCCUGACUCACAUCCUCCUCUCUUCGGCGGGUCUAUAGUGAGGACCUGAGCUCAACUUAUCCGGGCUGCCAAACUGCGCACGCCCUCCUGUACUAUUUGAAUCCUGCGCGCGCGCCAGUCUUCAAACCUUCCUCCUCGACCGUUUCCUCAGCUCCCCGAUGGAGCGUGGCCAAAUCCUGCACUCAUGUCCUCCCACUGGCAGUGCGCCGCCUGAUCCCGAUGCCUGGGACCACUCCCCCCUACUGCACUCUGGUGUGGACGCUGGUCCUGAUUUCCAACUGCUGCUCUCUGAGUCCCCUCUGGCCCCUUCGGCCGGGGGUGUCGGCCUCGGCACCCGCCUUGCUCUGACCACGGGAGCCCCUUUCUGUGAGUCUUCCGAUUCGCUGGAAAGACUCAGCGACCUCGGACUCGCUGUCAUCGCUAACAUUUCCUUCGGACUCCGUCGCCACUCGCUUCUCUGAUUUCCGCCUAUCCUGCUGUCUCUGCUCCUGAACCCCUGACACUGCCGUUCGUGAGCUCGCUAGUAGGCACCCGCUUUCUCUCCUCUCCGCGAGGCCGUAGAUGCCCACAAUUUAGGAGACGGAGCUUACUGUCAGAGCUGCUUCCAGAUCCUAGCUCACAGAGGAUCACGCUAGCCAGCGAUCAUUAAACAAAAGUCUUUAUUGAGUUACAGUUUCCAUUCUCAAGCUGCUGCGUGCAACUCUACGUCUCAUGGUUAGAUCGGCGAAGCUCCGUCUGAGUCUCCGCCCCUUGUACACCAACUUAAUAUCCUAGCCCUGCUCCACCUUUUCCGCCUGACUGUUCUUCUCUGGGUCCCUCUGCCCCCCGGGGUCUCUUCCUUCCGGGAUUCCUCUGACGCUGACGCUGACCCCCCUGACUCUUCUCCCUCCUUUCGGCGGGCUUUAGGACCUGGCUCCCUUUCCGGGCUGCCUACUGCGCCACCUUCCUGUGCAUUUGAACUUGCGCGCGCGCCCAACCUUCCACCUUCCGUCUGACCGUUUCUUCGCUCCCCGAUGGAGGUGUGGCCACUCCUGACUCGUGCCCUCCCCCCUGUUGUGAGUUGCCAGCGCUUGAUCCCUGGUGCCCUUCCUCUUCCCUGCUCUCUGGCGGUGACGUUGGUCCCGAUUUCCAACUGCUCCCCUCUGAGUCCCCUCUGGCUCUAUCUUCCUGGGGUGUCCCCCUAGGCUCCCCCCUUGCCCUGGCCACUGGUGCUCCUUUCUGUGAAUCUUCUGAUUCACUGGAAAGACUCGGAGAUCUCGGGUCGUCGUCAUCACUCAUCUUUUCUUCUGCCUCCUCCCCCUCGCUCUCUGUUUCCUCCCUUGCCCUUGCCUCUGCUCCUGAACCCCUGACAAUAGCAUUAGCUUCUUUUGCUGCUUCAUCACUGUCAAGGAACUGCCGUCAUCUCAGAGGCGAGAGGUGGAAGAGCAGUUGUGGUUACAGGGAGCCUCCGAAGAUCUUGCGAAGCAGUUCUUCCUCUGGUGAGGAGGGAAGCCCCGCCUCCAGUGGGGAAGGGACACAGGGAUCAGAAGAUGCUAGGGAGAGCCUCAACACCAAGCCUGGGCAAAGGGGAGGGGAGGCAAGUCCCCCUUUGCCAGCGCCCACGUUGCACAGUAGGUUUGCGCGCAGAGAGAGGAGGAGAAGGAUGGGGCUCACUACUGUUAUGCUGGGGAAGGUAUAAGGACCGCCCACUCCCAGAUUCUACUAGUGACUGAGCAGACAUGGACUUGUGACACUCUGCACUGUAAGAUAGUUUGUACAAAUAAUAAAGCCUGGAAAAAACAGGUUGGAGUCUUGCCUGUUUGCUCUCGAGCAACCACACCAUCACCUGACAAUCACAUUGUUGACUCAUGUUAAACUUGUGGCCUUCUAAGAUCCCUAGGUCCUUUUCACAUGUACUACUAGCAAGCCAGGUGUAUCUUCAGAGAUACUUUGUGCUUUGUUAAACCAAUUUCCAGUGACAUCUGAACUGGGAACUUAUACUUGAAGUCUAAAUUGUAUAUUCAAACAAUUUAUCUCAACAAGGCAGUGUAAUAUAUCUUUGUAAUAUUUAUCUCCAUGAUACUGUUUAAGCUAAGGUGCUGGAGUUAAUUUUUUCUCCUUUUUUCUUUACCUGGCUGGUUUUGAGCAGCCAGGUAAAGAAGAUUCUGAUAUUUAAAGCAUGAUAAAUUAAGCUACCAAAAGAAGGGAUUGAUUUAAAUCUCUGACCUAAAUUUCCAACUUUCUAAUUCAUAUAUUUACAGAACAAGCAUGCAUAUUAGUUGUUAUAACAAUUAAAAUGUAUCUGUUUGCAAUUAAGCAGGGACCUUAUGUUACCCAGGAGAAUAAUCUAAGACCAAAGGUCAUAAAGACAGCAUUCCUUUAGCACUGCAAAAAUUAUUUCUGCUUAAGGGAGCAAUUGUGAGAUUAAGGAUUUCUGUUUGAAUCUUUCUCUUGCAUGUAUAAAGACCCUAAGCAAGAUAAAUUACUGGAAGACUGUAAGGUUGCAAUGCAGUGCAGAGAUAGGUGUGCCUAACACUCAUUGAAUUCAAUUUGUUGGCUGCUGGUGGUUUUUCACAUGCUGUGCAUUUUGCAUUACAUUUUGCUCCCGAAGCUACAGUCUCUCAAUGCGCUUACCCUGUAAAAUUUAGAGACCCAACGACCUUCAUUCCAUCAUGAUUUCUGUAGCAUGCAGUCAUUCAGACUUCUUUGCAGUCCUUGGUGACAAACGUAGCCAAGCAGAGAGGCAUGCCUACCCAGAGGUACUCAGGUGACUGGCUAGUCGAUUAAAAUUAAUGAUCCAAAUACUGCUUUAGCUUCUGGGAUGAAAAAUUUCGUAGACCAAAUGGCCUGAUGUUAACUCUUGUCUCUCCUCCAAAUAUUCUUGCAUCAGUCUUGCAUUACAUUAUUAUUAUUAUUAUUAUUAUUAUUAUUAUUAUUAUUAUUCCAUUACAUUGUUGUGUUUUUGUGGCUGCAUCACAUUAUUAUUAUUAAUAAUAAUCUGCAGCAACCUGCAGACUUUGCAUAGAUGCAUGAACUCUGAUUUCACCAGAGAAACCUAGCAAAGUGCCAGGGAAACCUAUUGAGAGGUGCAACUGAGUGCCUUUGCUGUAGAGCAGGCUAACAAAGCUAUCCCUCUGGAAACGAUGUUAAGAAUAUGCCUUUGAUGUCUUCUUGUGUGCCUGCACAGAGCAUUUGCUUUUGGUUUCCCCUCUCUAUCUCUCUUUCUCUUUCUCUCUCUAGGGUUCCUGCUGGAGCUGGUCAGCCGAGGAAUUUGGCAGGAGGGUCUCCCACAGCCAAAGGCUCUCCAGGAGCCGUCCACCCAGGAAGCCCAGCUCUUACAAACACUGCUGCUGUUGUCAGGCCAGCUGUUCCAAUCACUGCACCGCCCACUCAGCCCCAACUGCCAACAGCCUCUCCGCAAAUGAAUAAUUGCUCGAGGUAUUCCUCUCAGCAGACAGGCAUCCAGCCCCGCAGUUCUGUACAAAUGGGUACGUAUAGGUCCUUCAUGUGUCUGAACAAUCCAUAUUCCCCAAAUCUAGUAUUCUGUCUUAGAUGCACAAGCCCCUGGAAGCCUUUUGUCUCCGUAGGUUUACUCUGAAAAUAUUCUGCUCUAUUUGAAGCCCAGCAUGCAAUAAGGAAAGGUUUUUAUGUGCCCUGUAGUGUUUAGGGUAGUAUUUAUUGAUUGCUGGGAACUGAAUUUUGUUUAUCAGGUUGUCCACUUGCCACAGCUGAAAUCAAUUACGGUGCUUACAAAUAUUUACACAAAUACCUUUUGGAGCAUAAAACACUCUGCAUGCUGAGAAGGUUAAUGCUUCUAAAUCCACUUGACAAGCAGUGCAUGACUUAACAUUUUUAAAACAUUUUAUUAGGCUCUGAAAGAUGAAAUGUCUUUAUUAUGCAAGGCAAACACGAGCGAUAAAUCUGAGGUCUUGGAAUACAGCUACCUUUUAUUGAAAAUAAAAUGUAAACAGAAUACAUGCAUUCCGCAAUGUACCUUUUCCCAGAUGGCUUUCUUGAUUCAAAUAAUAAUUACCUGCGUACAGAUUCAUUCUGCUUUUAACAUUGACUAUAAUGCAUAGUAAAUUAUAAAAAAAAACAGUUAAUUAUAUAUCCCUGUGGCAAUUCAAAGCCAUUUCAGAAAUACUUCCUGAGGCUGACAGAUUGCUUUCUCAUCCUGCAGAGCUAUCUAAUUUGUCCUGAGAAUUUGUUUAAUUUAAGAACAGCAACACUCAACACCUGGCAACGGUGCCAGAGUGUAGAUUUGGGAGGUUAAAUGACCGCCUCAAUGCCAGGUCGAGCAGCUUGUGCUGUCUCUGAAUUUUCAGGGAAAUUAGUAGACUACAGAGAUCUUGUUCUGAGCAGAACGAAUAAAAAAUUGAUAUAAGCUGUGCUAUUUCUCAGAGAAGCAGAAGAUUGAGAAAAUAACUUAAUUCCUUAGAAAAGUAAGGACGAGGUGCCACAUCAUAUUUGAUGUUGCUCUUUGGUUCCCAUCUUCUGCACCUCCAGACAUUGCAGGCUACAAUUCUCAUUAUCAUUGACCUUUGGGAGUUGGAGGCCAUAACAUCUGGAGGGCACCAUGGUGGCUUCCUGGUUAUGCACCCCAUUGAACAUAGUGGGGCUUGUUUCUGAGUAGCUACACGAACAUAUGAUUGCACGGUUAGAUAUAAGAAGCGGUAUUGCUUGGACAGCGUUUGAGCUUGAAUGUAGGAGUUUGACGUUGAGUCCUCAACUGGGUAUAUAACCCCUUUAUGCUUGUUAUUCUGAGAUAGCUUGUUACUCCCUUGCGAUAAACAACUUGUUGUGGUUGAUAGUUCUGUUUGUAUGAAGGGUAAUACUGGGAGAAGAAUCUUCAGUAUGGUGUUUAAAACUACUCCCCAACACAGUGGCAGACUUUGGCCCCUCAAAUUUCAGCAGUGCCCUGUGAGACUCUAGACGCCCCCUUCUUGCAUUGCUUUGUCACAGCCCGGUGCAAUCAGAACCGGUCGCGCUACCCUAAAAGCCUCCUCUGCCCAAUAAUAUCUAUAACGGCAAAGAUACAAUGCUAGGGAGCACAGCUCAGUAGUAGAGCAGCUGCUUUUCAUGCAGAAUGUCCCAAAUUCAAUCCCUGGCAUCUCCAGUUAAAAGGUUCAGAUUAUAGUAUAGUAUAGUAAUAUAAUAGCAGGUAAUGGAAAGACUCAGAGACCUGUGGCCAGUAAGAGCAAAAAUACACAGGUAGGUGGAUGAAUACUCUGACCUUAAUAAUUAGGUAGCUUCCUAUGUUCAAAUGCAAGUAAAUCUGCAUGAUUUUAAAUGUGAUAUCCUCCCCCCCCCCCGCUUUUGUAGUAGGCAAGUCUUGUUGAAACUAAUGCCAACCUGAUCCUAAAAGUAUUUGUCUGGAAUAAAAUGUACUUCUGAGAUGAGUCGGUGGCCUUGCAACAGUUUUUUUUUAAAUACUAUACGCACUACAUUAGGAAUUAUUUUCAGUACAAUUUCUUCCAGUGCUUUAGUACGUGUCAAUCCACACACUGGACAGGUUUGGAAUGCUGGCAUGAUCCAGACCACUUUACAACCUUUAAAAGUGACUACAGUCAUACUUUGGAUCCCGAACACCUUUGCACUCGGACGUUUUGGCUCCCAAACCCCACAAACCUGGAAGUGAGUGUCGCAAACGUUCUUUGGAAACCGAACAUCCGACGGGGCUUUCGUGGCUUCUGAUUGGCUGCAAGAGCUUCCUGCAGCCAAUCAGAAGCCGUGCUUUGGUUUGUGAUUGUUUUGGAAGUCGAACAGACUUCCGGAACAGAUUCCAUUUGACUUCCAAGGUACAACUGCCCUUCCUAUUUUUGACCAUGUUUAGUGCCAGUCAGGUUAUUUCCUUACUGUUCCCUUCUCUCUUUCUUUCCAGUUGUUCACCCUUCUGUGCAGGCACAGGACCGGCCCACUGCUACAGUCUCACCACUAAGAACCCAGAACUCCCCAUCCCGCCUCCCAAGCACUGUGGUCAGGCCACACUCUGUGGUUUCUCCGCAACACAUCCACCACUCCCCUGUGCACAUCAUCCCCGGAGCACAGUGUGCCAGGCCCAUGAUUCCCCUCACGUCGGCGGCAGCAGCGAUUACUCCUCCCAACGUCACUGCAGUCAACCUGAAUGGAGAAGCAGGAAACGGGCCCAUCAGUAGCCUGGCAACUUGCAGCCCAACUAACACAGCCUGCAAAGCAGAAGAGAGGAAAAACGAAAAGGUAACAGACAGCUCUGGUGUAACAGGGAAGAUGCCCUUCUUAACAAUUGUAAACACAGGGCCCACCGUAUGAUCCAGAAUUGCUGGUGCUUAUAGAUAUAAUUGAUAACCAGUAUGGGACACCAGUCUAAGAGAAAGAUGUCAGUGGCAGGGGUAAAGGUAAAGAGACCCCUAGCCGACUCUGAGGUUGCGGUGCUCAUCUUGCUUUAUUGGCCGAGGGAGCCGACGUACAGCUUCCGGGUCAUGUGGCUAGCAUGACUGAGCCGCUUCUGGCAAACCACAGCAGCACACAGAAACGCCGUUUACCUUCCCGCUGGAGCGGUACCUAUUUAUCUACUUGCACCUUGACGUGCUUUUUCAAACUGCUAGGUUGGCAGGAGUAGGGACCGAGCAACGGGAGCUCACCCUGUAGCGGGGAUUAAAACCGCCGACCUUCUGUUCGGCAAGCCCUAGACCCUAUGUUUUUACCCACAGCGCCACCUGCAUCCCUCAGUGGUAGAGGAGUUAUCAUCAAUUAAAUCCACCCUCUUGUCCUUUGUCACUCUUGUCAAAAUGGAACCUUUCCUUACACAUAGAAUUGUAUUACCUUAAUUCUGUUAACUUUCAGACUAUUUCAGGUUAGCCAGCAUCUCUUUGUGAUAAAAUGGCAGCCCAUCCAAGAGUCUUCUUGACCUUUUUUCAGUGAUUGAAAAGGGAGAGCCCUUCCAGUCUGCAAGGUCAUGUGUGAAUUAGCAUAAGCAGUUCUUAAUGCUGAGCACCUAUAGCCUAAAGCUGUUUGCACACUUGUUUUAUUGAUUCACUUUCGGAAUCGGGAUGGGUUAAGUGCCCAGCUGCGUGUGAGGUCCCCAUCUGCUGCACUUGGCAUGCUCUUUUGUCUAAAUCCUCCACAUCUGAAACAGCACAGAAAGACACCAGAGAAGUGCCACAGGUUCCAUCACCAUAUGGCCAAGUUUGCAGGAAACUGCUUGCCUAGUUACAUAGAAGAUGUUAUAAGAUGAAGGUUCAGGCCUUGGGGGCUUGGAGUCAGAGGCACAAUACAACACUGACUUGUAAAUGGCUGGGGCUGUUUUUUAACAGCACUGUAAACAUCUCUGUUUCUUUCAGAAAAUUGCCUUGCCAUGCUUCAGUGAAACCAGGAAAGGGGAUGGGAUUAAAUAUGACUAGGUGCAAUCUGUGACUGAUACAUUGUAGGUGCAGGUUUUUAGGAUUCAGCCCUGAGAGCAAUCGUUCCUUGUCAACACAUUUAAAUGUGUUGCUAGUGCCAAGCUGCUUUAAACAGGCUCGGCCUGUUAAACCCUUAACAAAUGCAGAGUUUUGCUUUCAUUCAGAAUUUAUGCAUUGCUAAUAAUCCUCAAAUAUCAGUGAUGAAGUCUGAUUACACUCUACCUAGAAGUAUCCCACCUACUGCAGAUCUUUUACAGGAUGAGACCUAGCCUCUUCUCCUGAUUUGUGGAUCUUAUUGGGGGGGGGGUGUUGAGUGUGCUGAAAGACAUCUAUUGAUUGGUGAGUUCCAUAGUUGGUUGCUAAAGCUAAAGACUGUGUUUUUUUCUUAUGUCUUGAACUUCUGUGGCCUUUCCAUGCAACACACAACAACAGCUCCUGGGCAAAUUUGCCUAUGUUCAAAUGAGAUGUUGAGAAAGUGGUGUCCAAGGUAACUGAACCUGAGGACAGAACACUUAAAGGAGAGGUGUUUUUCUCCAAGUGGCCUCCAGGCAAACUAGUUGCUGACUGGGAACCUUAAUUUGCAUCUGUAAGGCGUUAGAUUGAGACUGAAGGGUAGAGGUAUCCUGUGCUUUAUUCUGGCACAGAAUAUGCAUAAAACCUCUUUCUAUCUGUCCCACCGCUCCCCCUCUCAAUUUAAUUAAUGUGCAACACAGUUCAGAUACAUCACGCUGAAUAGUUAAAGAGACGCAGCAAUGAUAUCCUGCUAAUUCAAUGAGACCAAUAUAUGUACCGUAUUUUUCGCCCCAUAGGACGCACCGGCCCAUAGGACGCAUCAAGUUUUUUGGGGGGGGAAAUAAAGAAAAAAAAUUAUUUCCCCCCCAGACACUUGUGGGGCCGGCAGCGGGGAGAAGCGCUUUUCUCCCUGCCGCCCGCCUUCAGAUCAGGUCCAGGGACAGCGGGAAGACACGCUGCGCCUCCCAGCUGUCCCCGGAGCUUGCGGGGCAGGCAGCGGGGAGAAGCGCUCUUCUCCCUGCCGCCCGCCUUCAGAUCAGGUCCGGGGACAGGGGGAGACGCGCUGUGCCUCCCAGCUGUCCCCGGAGCUUGCGGGGCAGGCAGCGGGGAGAAGCGCUCUUCUCCCCGCCGCCCGCCUUCAGAUCAGGUCCGGGGAAAGCAAGAAGACGCGCUGCGUCUCCCAGCUGUCCCCGGAGCUUGCGGGGCUGGCGGCGGGGUCUCCCCGCCGUCAGCCUCCAAACCACUUCGGGAGACAGGGAUGGCGGCGUUCCGCCUCCCUCUGUCCCCCGACCUUGUGGGGCUGGCGCUGGGGCUCUCCUGAAGCCUGGAGAGCGAGAGCUCUCGCUCUCCAGGCUUCAGUGAAAGCCUGCAUUCGCCCCAUAGGACGCACACACAUUUCCCCUUCAUUUUUGGAAGGGAAAAAGUGCGUCCUAUAGGGCGAAAAAUACGGUAUAUAAUUCUGCCAUGCGUUUCUAAAAAUCUGUUCCAUUUUUAGAUUAGCUGUGAUAGCACGAUAGCCCAAAAGAUCUAUAACAGAAGAAAGUUUCGAUUUACCUUGCUUGUAGCAGAGUACAGCCUAGGUACCUAACACAACAACAUGAUAUUUGAAACAUCAGACUUUGUGCCUUUGAAAAGAAAAAUAACUUUCUUCUUUUCACUCGUUUUUAAAAGCUCUUGACCAUAAUAAAGCCUGAUUUUAACUGGAGAGUUUCUCCAAGUUGGCUAAAGUUUCACUGCUCACGUGGACUUAGUACACAUUUGAAUUAUAUGACCUCAUGCUCAUAUACCUAUGAACAGGAUUUGGCUUCACUAUCACUAUCCGGUGUUGUUUUUUUACCUUUAGUAGGGGUUGCACUAAGCAAAUAUUCUUUGCCAUAUACCAGGAGUGAAGAACCUGAGGCCCGGGGUAAAAUGUGGUCCUCCAAGCUUCUAGUACAAAACCUGAUUGCCCUGUUUUGCAGCCUCCUUGAAUGUGUUUGCCUCAGUGGAAUAUGUCCUUGAACUCUGAUAAUGCCUCUCACUUUCCCUGGAUAGAGAGGGAUGUGUGAGUGAGCAUUGGUGAAAUGUACAUUCAUUGCUCCAGCCACUUUUGCCUCUUGUCCUGCCCACUACUGGUAUAUUGCCUCAGCUUUCCUGAUUUUUUUUCUGACCCUCCCAGUUCCGAGACUUGGCACCAUUGGAAACUGGGCCUGGCCAAACUAGAGGUGGGUUGGGUUUUUUAAACUAGUAAAGGAAUACCCUCAAAGACAGAAGAAAGGGGUUGCAAAUGGCCUGGGGAAACUAUGACCCUCCCGAUAAUGCUGGACUCCAACUUCCAUCAGCCCCAGCCGUAGUGAUGUUGGGAGUUGUAGUCCAAAGUAUCUGGAUGGCACUAGGUUGGGGAAGGCCGUGCUGGGAGGGAGAUGGGUGCAAGUUCCAUUCUAAAAACUAUGCCCUUGUUGCAUGCUUUUAUCCAUUCCUAAGCCAUCCCUAAGGGACGCGGGUGGCGCUGUGGGUUAAACCACAGAGUCUAGGACUUGCCGAUCAGAAGGUCGGCGGUUCGAAUCCCCGCGACGGGGUGAGCUUCCAUUGUUCAGUCCCAGCUCCUGCCAACCUAGCAGUUCAAAAGUCAAAGUGCAAGUAGAUAAAUAGGUACCGCUCCAGCGGCAAGGUAAACGGCGUUUCUGUGUGCUGCUCUGGUUCACCAGAAGCAGCUUAGUCAUGCUGGCCACAUGACCCGGAAGCUGUUUGCGGACAAACGCCAGCUCCCUCGGCCAAUAAAGCGAGAUGAGCACCGCAACCCCAGAGUCGGUCACGACUGGACCUAAUGGUCAGGGAUCCCUUUACCUUUACCUUAAGCCAUCCCUAUACAGUCAUACCUCAUGUUACGUCCGCUUCAUGUUACGUUCUUUCAGGUUACCUCCCGCAGAGACCCGGAAGUACCAGAAAAGGUUACUUCCGUGUUUCGCCGCUCGCGCAUGUGCAGACGUGCAAAAUGACGCCAUACGCAGAAGUGGCGAAUCGCAACCCGCGCGUGUGCAGACGCGCCACUACGGGUUGCGCUCUUUUCAUGUUGCAAACAGGCCUCCGAACAGAUCCCAUUUGCAACCAGAGGUACCACUGUAUUUAUUCUUUUCUGCCAUUGUUUCCUCCAUAUUCUCCCCAGUUUCUUCAUGUCCCAUUGCUCCCUCUUGAAACUUCUUGUUUAUUGUCAAAUCUUUGAUUUCAAGUAAUGCUCUUCUUAUCUACCUCCUGCGGUAAGAAACCUGUGGCCCUCCAGAUGUUAAUGGACUAACCCUCCAUCCAUCCAAAUUACAGUCUGAAACAUCUGGCAGGUGUCAAGUUGGGAAAGGCUUGCUUUAGCAGAGUUUAGUAUUGUAUGUCUAUGGAACUGCAGCCCACGACAUAUAAUACAAGUUGGUUCAGAUUGAGUUUAUUUGUUAAAAGUCUCUGGAUAGAAUUUCCUCUUCCAGCUAGCUUAAAUAUUGCCUGAUAAGGUAAUUACAAAAUACCCAAUGAUUUCUUAUGAGUUGAUUACUCUUAUGCCACUUUCCCUUGUAAAUAAUGUGGCUACUUUUUGCCAUCUCAUAUAAAACUACUUACAUGAAUGAAGUGAUGUGGCCUCAGUCGCUUAAUCUGAUGAAGUAAAUCACACUGGGUGGUUGUUCUUUCUGAAGAACCCCCUCAUUUGGUUUCUGAUGAGAAUUUUGAUUAAACUUCUCGAAAACAUCCGGCACAGUGGCUCCUCCUAAAAUGAAAGAUAAGUUGUUGCUUCUGGGAACAGUUCGUUAAUUUAUCAUCAGCCGCAGUGCAUCUUUAUUGCUUUUUGAUGCCUGGAAUGUAUCCCAAACUAUUUGAAAACCAACUAUCUGAAACUAUCAUUUGUUCUACGUUAGCAGUGAAAUCUGUCCAAAAAGCUUAACGUAGAGCUAAAUUACCAUAUGGGCUUAAAGAUGUAUUGAUCCAUGUGAGGCUGAGACUGUGUCUGGCUCUCAGUCCCUCUUCUGAUGCAAGUUUUUCUGUCUCUCGGCCUGGGUCACAACUUCUCUAGUGACCCUCCUUGUUACUAACUAGGAGAAGCAAGUAAAGGUAAAGGGACCCCUGACCAUUAGGUCCAGUCAUGACCAACUCUGGGGUUGCGGCGCUCAUCUCGCUUUACUGGCUGAGGGAGCUGGCGUACAGCUUCUGGGUCAUGUGGCCAGCAUGAUUAAGCCGCUCCUGGCAAACCAGAGCAGCACACGGAAACGCCAUUUACCUUCCUGCUGGAGCGGUACCUAUUUAUCUACUUGCACUUUGACGUGCUUUCGAACUGCUAGGUUGGCAGGAGCAGGGACCGAGCAACGGGAGCUCACCCCAUCGCAGGGAUUCGAUCCGCCGACCUUCUGAUCAGCAAGUCCUAGGCUGUGUGGUUUAACCCACAGCGCCACCCACUGGGAGAAGUACAGGGGCUUAUAUUGUGUAAGCCCCUAAAAAUGAUCUGCAAUGCAUGUGACAUGUUCAGUUGCUGAAGGGAAGAUCUCCCUACUCCGGUGGGUCAUAUUAAAUACCAGUAAUAAUGCAUCUUGCCCAGUGUAUGGAAAACAAGGUAUGGAUGACGAGCGUGUUUUAAAAUUUGAGAAUGGGUGCACUGGUUGUUGUUUUCCCCAGGAUUCGGGGAGGGAGUUCAACUUUCACCACCCAUACAAUAUUUAUUCAUUUGUAUAGCUAUAAAAUAAAGUUAUUGGGGAGGCAGGACAUAAAGGCCUUGAGUGAAAAGCACAGGGUCUGGGUCAGUACAUAUGGGGAGAGGCGGUCCUUAAGGUAUUGAGUUCCUGAGCCAUGUAAGGCUUUAACUUUUAGCCUGGUAGUCAUAGGUAGGGAUCAAGAGGGAAUUCAGUUCAGUUUGCAUUUACUUAAUUCCAUUUGAACUUACUUAAUUUGCACUUCCUGAAAAAAUCUGUGAACCAAAAAGCAGCUAGCCUUUAAAAUGCACACUUCUCUGAAUUUUGUAAUGCAACUAUACUGUGAAGUAGUAUACAAACCUGCAUUUUUACAAGGGUGAAAUGUGAACAAGAGAGUACAUAUGUUGAUGAAAAUAUUCAAAACUGCAUUAUUUUAGGGGGGAAAUGCUGUAUGUUAAAGAUGUCUAUAUUUGGAGAAAUCCACACUAAAAUUCUGAUGAUGAUUUUUUAAAAAAAGGUAACAAACUGAUGUGGAAAACUGAGAAAUGGAAAGAAACUUAAACAUGCAGUUUCACCCAUAGAGCAACCAUGCAGCCAAGUGAGUGGGCUGAUAGAGGAUAGAUGGAUCUCUCCAUUCCCCCUCUGACCCCCCGCUUUCUCUCUGCACUGGCUGCAGAGGAACAGAAGCCAGUUCCCUCAGUUCUGCUCCACUUCUCCAGCCUACUAGAUAGAAGACAAUUACAGAGAGUGGGGGCAGGACUGCUAAAAUGCGAGCAUCCUUCAUUUCUAUGCUGGCUCUGGAGGAGGAAGCUUCCCCUCUGCUGAAGGAAGCAUGGAAACAUAGGCUACUAGCUUAUUUGCAAGCUGGUAAAAGAACCAACCAACUUGUGGUCUAGUCAUUUUUCUGGACUUAAUUUACAAGGCUUAAAAAAAAAACAUACAGAAAAUAAACUGCAUCCCUGGAGAGCAUAAGAAUCAUGGGCAGUGCCUGCUGCCAUACAUUUAAAUUUAGCUGUCCUAUUCCAGUAUGAAAUGGAAUGUUGUCAGCUAUCUGAGUAUUCCUUACUGAAUGCUCAAAGCUGUAACAGGGUUGUCUAUAGAAAGUUAUUUGAUAAUAAGCAGUAGUAUGCUCAACCAGUUUUGCAUUGUUUUCAUUCGCUAGAAUGAAAUCAGUGGAAACAUACAAUCUGAUUAGACACUUGUCUUGAACCUUUCUGCCAAAGCAAAAUGUGAAUUAUUUUGAACUAUUUCUUUCAUCACAAAACAUUUUUUUUAAAGUCGUCCAAAUUGCUCACUCAAUCAAGAGACUUCUGUGCUCAUUGAGUAACCCAUAGUCUGUGCAUUAGAAGAACAAAUCAUUCUGAAGACACAGUUGACUAAGUGUUAACAUCUGUAUUUCAACUAUCUCUUGUCUAAGCUUGUUCAAAAAGAAGGAAAGUGCUUUUAUCUCUACAUAACUGCUAGGGAGGGAGGAAUUUCUAUUUCUGAAAUAUUUGGCAAUGGCCAACUCUUUUAUGUAACGUGAUUAGAGUAUGUUCAAAUUCCCACUCCCAUACAGCAUCUUAAACAGAAAAGCACAUUAAUUGUGAAUUGUAAGCAUACUACAAGGGAUGCGGGUGGCGCUGUGGGUUAAACCACAGAGCCUAGGACUUGCCGAUCAGAAGGUCGGCGGUUCGAAUCCCUGCGAUGGGGUGAGCUCCCGUUGCUCGGUCCCAGCUCCUGUCAACCUAGCAGUUUGAAAGCAUAUCAAAGUGCAAGUAGAUAAAUAGGUACCGCUCUGGCGGGAAGGUAAACGGCGUUUCCGUGCGCUGCUCUGGUUUGCCAGAAGCAGCUUAGUCAUGCUGGCCACAUGACCUGGAAGCCAGUAAAGCGAGAUGAGCCAGUAAAGCAAGAUGAGCGCCGCAACACAACCUAAUGGUCAGGGUUCUUUACCUUUAAGCAUACUACAAGUACUUUCAGUAGUACACUGCAAACUUCCUAUUGAGCUGUCAGUCAGUAAACAUUGGUAGGGGUUAAAACAAAAAUGAGCACAUAGAUGCACAACCUUGAAUUGUUUCAAGCUGGAUAGCACAUUGAUUAAAAUUCUUCCCUUUUUUGGAACUAGUACUUGUAGGAAGUCACAUAUGGAUUUUAAAUCCAGAAGAUUUUAAAAUAAGCAUAACAAAACAGUAUGCAGCUGCACUCACUGGCUCUUCUCAUUUCUAAUUUGUUCUAACUAUAGAAAUGCAACGCUGCCAAGUUUUGAAUUGCAGUGAUAAAGGCUCAAGUAUAACUCACAUGCUGCUAAAGUUCGAUUUCCUUUCCGAACACAUAGGAUGUUGUCUCCAGCACACAUGAUCCACAGCCUCGCCCCACUCCAUCUCGGCUCUGAAAUGAUCAUGCAGUCUGUCAGAAGCCUGGCAGGUGUCUGGGAAAUCCUCUCUCUUUCUUGUAUUUGCUCUUUGGUUCCCAAGGAUACUUGCAGAGAGUUGUUGACCAAUGCUUCUCAUGCAUGCAAGUUCCUCAUUGACUCCAGAUUUACAGCUUCUGGGGGAAAUCUGAUAAGUAAAAGAAAACCUGUUCGCAACAUCAAGCCAUGUUUGAUUGCACCCCACUAUACAAAAAUAAAAUAAAAUCUGAUUAUGUUCUUCUGCUUCAGCCUUUGUUGAAAAGACUGCCAAGGCUUCCUGAAAGUACCCCUUUAAAAUAAAUAUGGGGAGGUGAACAUUGUAUGAAGUCUUAAACACUCUUAAAUCAGGAUAGAUAACAAUGUGCCCUCUAGAUGUCUGGACUACAAAUCCCACCUUCCUCAGGCAGCAAGGGCAAUGACCAGGUGUUAUGGGACUUGUAGUCUGCAAUAUGUGGACUUGGCUGCCCCUGGUCAAACUUUAGGGAACAAAUUGUCCUGUAUGAACUUCCAUGAUCUGUGUGGGAAGCUGUUCUCUUCAUCCCACCUUCCCCUCCAGUUAGGGCACAGAGCCAGGCUUCCUUUUUGGUGUCACUCACACUGAGGAAUGCACUUCCUAGGGGUGAAGUUCCUGGUUGCCUCCCUGAUGGUUUUCUUCAGGGUAUUUGCUAUGGGCUGAUUUUGCUUGGAUUUAACAUGGGGAAACUCAGCCAGAUGGGCGGGAUAUAAAUAAUAAAGUUGUUGUUGUUGUUGUUUGUUUGUUUGAUCUGUUUUUGCACCAUGUUUUAGUAAUGAUUGUUUUAAGUCAGCUUUUAAUAUUGUAUGCUGUUGUGGGUGCAAUCUACCGCACUGAAUAUAACUCAUAGAUAGAUAGAUAGAUGAUAGGGAAAGUCAUGUUUGGUGUGUUAAGCAAGUGUGUGGGUUGGCAUAAGUCGCCUGCAGAACAGGUUGGACCAUCUCCAACAUUGGGGGAGUGGGAGUAAAGUCCCGGUACUGCAUACCGCUGAUUACUGCCAGACAUAUUUUCUGGUCUGCACCACAUUGGGUGUACUUUAGCCUAUGGUGCAGACAAGGCAGGGCCAAGAACUGGCGAAAGUUGAGGACUGGUUGGGUACGCACUGAAGGUUCAUUCAAACUCCUCCGAGGUGCAUUUUUAUAGGGAACAAGAUGAAAACCUUGCCAAAGUGGGACAGAGAGAAGCCCACUAGAUAAGAAUAAGGAACCGCCACAUGCAGCCCCUCCAGGCCUCUAUAACUGAUCCUUAAGAGUCCCCCCCAGGCCCACAUCCAUCACCUACCUUGUUUUGCACCUUAUUUUUGCCAAGCUGGAAUCAGUCCUUGAACUCUAAUAAUGCUUCAACAAUCCAUAUAGUUUGAAACACUUGACCUUAACGCCAAUACUCUCAUUUGGGUUGUGCACAGAGCUGUCUCUUUUGUUCCAUAGUCAUGGAGGUAUCUGAUAAUAAAACACUUAUCUUAGAGUAUCUAGCUAGCAUCUUCCCCACCCUUUCCUUACUCUGCAUCAGAGCAUAAGGACAGAAAGCUGGCACUCAGCUAAUGAAUAUUUCUCAGGCUGGCAAUUAACCCAGCCAAACGCAUUAACCCCAGCUGUCAAAGCAUAGUUUGCUUCAGAUUCUAUAACAAAGCAGAUUUCUCCCCUUUGUUGGUUUCAGCUCUUUUAGAAACGCAAUAUGGCGUUGUUCAAAAAAGGACUUCUCUUAAACAUUUACGUUGUUCAGCGGUGUUUUUAAAUACUGGGCAUCCACACGCCACUUUGAAUCAACUGCCAAGCAACUCUCAGAAAGUAAAUGUUCAGAAGGUUCCUCCUAAGUGAUCACACUGAAAUUUUCCCAGUUUCCACCCAAAGUAGUCCAGCACAUUCAAAAAACAAAGCUUAAAAAGUGUGAAGCAAAAAUAUUUGGGGGUUGAGUUUGCUGUUGUUUAAGGCCAAUUGGCAUGUUACACAAUUCCUACGUAGAAAGCACUUCUAGGUCGGAAGAAGCAUGUGAUCUGAAUAUAGAUCGUUCUGUGUAACAAUUACAUACGCACAUCUAUUUCACUGCGUGUUCAUUUGGACCACAUUCUGUGUGGACAAGCUUAAAUCGAUGUGAGCCAGUCUGGUACAGUGGUUAUAGUGUGUUGGGUUCAAAUCCCCAUUAGCCACAAAGCUCAUUGGUUGUCUCUUAGCCUAACCCUCACAGGGUCGCUGUGAUGAUGUAUGCCACUUUAAGCCCCUUGCAGGAAAGAUGGGAUAUCACUGCAACAACAGUAACUAGGGGCUAAGCCUAUUGAUUUCAGUGAACUUAAAUUAACCUUACGUUGUGGCCGUUGUACACACGAGCCAAAAGAUGUGCUCUCUUGCUGCUGCUUCCUAGCACACGUAUCAAAACAGAUGUAUAUAUGCAAUGAUCACAUUAGCUUUUUCAAAGGUGAAUGCAACUUCAUUUUACAACUUAGCCAAACAUUCUCCAAAAUGUGUUCAAAUAUCUAAUCAAAGAACUGGAUACUUACCAGUAGACACUGCAUCAACAUCAACAUCAUCAUCAGUGCAGAAAUGUAGUCUAGAUCAGUGAUGAACAUAGAUCACAGCCUUCCUCCUGGGUUAGAGCAAGGAGUGCUGGUCCCUGAAAUUAUGUACAACAUGUUUUAAUUAUUUUAUCAAGCCUGUUGGCCUUGCUUGUAAGACAAACAUCAUUUUUCUCUUUUUAAUUUAUUAUUACAUUUAUAGCUCCCCUUUCCUCCAGGAGACUCAAGGUGGCCUACAUGGUUCCCCACUUUCCAUUUUAUCCUCAUAACAACUCUGCAACUACCACAAAGAAGACCCUGUCCCAAGCCACCACGUAAUGAGUCUUCUGCAGAUUAUAGGGCCUGUGCAGACUGAGAGAGAGGAGCUCCCAUCAAGCAUUUAGGCCCCAGGCCAUUUGCCACACCACUCAGCACCUUGAUAUCAAAAUGAGAGCCCCAUAAUAAUAAUAAUAAUUGAUUUCUUAUACCCCGCCCAUCUGAUUGGAUUGCCUCAGCCACUCUGGGCGGCCUCCAACACAAAUACAGCAUCAAACAUUAAAAGCUUCCCCGAACAAGAGCUGCCCUUAGAUGUCUACAAAAAAUUAUAUAGUUGUUUAACUCUUUGACAUCUGCCAGGAGGGCAUUCCGCAAGGCGACCGCCGAAAAUGCCUUCUGUCUGGUUCCCUGUAAUUUCACUUCUCACAGUGAGGGGACUGCCAGAAGGCCCUUGGAGCUGGAAUUCAGUGCCUGGGCUGAACAAUGGGGGCAGAGACGCUCCUUCAGGUACACAGGGCCAAAGGCUUUAAAGGUCAGCACAAACACUUGGAAUUGUGCUCAGAAAUAUACUGGGAGCCAAUGUAGAUAUUUUAGGGCCAAUGUUCUGUGGUCCUGGCAGCCACUCCCAGUCACCAGUUUAGCAGCUGUGUUCUGGGUUUAUUAUAGUUUCCAAGUCACAUUCAAAGGUAGUCAUGUUGUUGUAUUCCUGUCAAGAAACAGGGACUGGGCUGGAGAAGGCCUCAGUUUCCCAAAUGAAUCAGAGCUCUAUGAGAAAAGACAAAUUUGGAGAGGCAGAUCGUGCCUUGUGCUAAUCCCUUCUCACCCUCCUUUAUUCUCCCUCGCUGAAGAAGACAGCUAGCAGAUCUGGCAAGAUGCAUUAAUUCGAAAACUGUAAGUAGAAAUUGUGGUAGAGCUCACAGUUCUCGGUUUACUCCUGAUUACAUUCACACAUUGCACUGAAAAGCAAUGUGACAAAUGGGCUUAAAAAGAUGCGUAUUUUCAUCUGAGAGCCAGGAUUGACUGAAGCGUCCUCUCAAGUGGACAGAGCCUGCUUUUGUUGUGCAACUGUUGUGCAAAUAUUUCUGUUACAUACUGGUUUGAAAAAUGGUGGCAGUAGUGACAAAUUGUCUGGCUUUUCAGUGAUCUUCCAGCAGUUAGCUUACUUAUAAAUCUCUCUGGAGUAACUCAGAAAACCUUGUUUCGUUUACUUUUUCAGCAAAGCCAGACACACUUCAUGCUCACCAUAAUAUAGUUGAGGGUGAUAGUUAAAGGGAAUUUUGGUGCUGACUACCCAAGAAGAGUGUAGCCUGAAGCUUUGUGAAUUUGUGAGAGUUGGUUAUGUGAGGAGCUUGAGGGGGAGAAAAUGCUUGCUGCUAUUGCAUUAGCCAAGCGAGUUUUUUAAAAAAUAAAAUGAAGACCACCUACAAAAAUCUAGAUCUCAGGUGUUUCUUUUUUACUUUAGAAUUGCACAUAUCAAGUUUCUGUCACUUAAGGAGAUGAAAGAAUGUAAAGCUGCGUGGGUUUAUCUGUUUUGUUUUUAAAAAAGAAAAUCUGCCUCUGGUAAAAGCCAGGAAGUUGAGCUAAUGUAAGUGUAAAAUAAAAGUAUUAUCAAGCUGCAAGCUGCAUUUCGUCAUUGAAUAUUUCAUUAGAUUUCCAGAAUAUUCAGCACAUUAGCAAAAAAAUUCCUUUGUGUGUGUGGGUGUUUAAAUCCCAGCGGCUCUUUUCCUCCAUAAAGAAAAUGUGAGAAAUUGAGAAUACUAGUCAAUAUUCUAAUUUAGUGUUCAUUUCAUACAAGUUAGCUAGAAAACCUUAUUUAUUGAAGCAGGGUUGAACCCACUUGUGAUAGCCUUUUCCUGCUUGCUUAAAACACAUUCUUUCUUUUCCUGUUUCCUUGACUGCCUUUUAAAGUUUCUCAAGAAAUUUCAAGUUAGCCUGGCACACCUCAGAAUGUCUUCAGCGUUGAAUAUAUCACACCCAGCCUUUAAAAACGGCAGCAGUGUUUCACACAGACUUCCUAAUUAAUGUAAAAAUUGAUUACAUGGUUGCGCGAACUCUUUUGAAAACACGUCCUUGUGCCUGCUUGAAAACCAUGCGUGGGAUGAAAGCUAUCCGUAGGGGUGUGUUCUUAAAAGGCUGGAAGCCUUAUCACACUAAAUUGAUCUGCAUCAUCUUUCUGUUUAAAAAAUCUCUUUCAACAUCUUCACAACUUCUGCAAUGCCUUUUUUUUUUUAGCGCAAAUGUUCUAAUGGCAUUUAGAAAGUGGGGGUACAUGGGCCACACCAUUUUCUCAAGAUGGCGUCGCAAAAUCAUUUAUGAAAGGGGGAAAUGCUCCCUUGUUAUUCUUCUAUAGCAUGGUUAGGCAAACUAAGGCCCGGGGGCCAGAUCCGGCCCAAUUGCCUUCUAAAUCCAGCCCACAGACGGUCCGGGAAUCAGCAUGUUUUUACAAGAGUAGAAUGUGUCCUUUUAUUUAAACUGCAUCUCUGGGUUAUUUAUGGGGCAUAGGAAUUUGUUCAUUCAUUUCCCCCAAAAAAAUAUAUAUUCCGACCCCCCACAAGGUCUGAGGGACAAUGGACCGGCCCCCUGCUGACCCUUGUUCUGUAGUAAGCAUGCAUUGAGAACAUGCCCUAGAGGUGAUAAUAAUUGAAAGAGUAGGUUCUUUAUCCUUGUUCCUAAUAUAAACUUGGGUCACUUCCAGGCAACCUGUUUAAUGGGCAUUCAUCCUGACUUGCUUGCGGAGAGAUUAGAUAGCAUCGAACAUUUCAUGAGCAUUCAUCCUGAUUUGUCUGUGCGGUUAUUAGAGGGUACUAAAUCAAGCCAAUGUUAUCCCACAGUUUCUAGUGCAUUCCCCCCCAUCACCAAAAGUCCAAUAUUUUGGUUCAACGGAUUUGUUUCACAAGAGCUCCAAAUUAUCUGACACUGCACAGCCUGAAUUUGCAAGGUUCUGCAUUUAUCCCGCCCAAAAAUAGUAAUCUGGAAGCGCUCCAUGGCAUGUGGGAGCAUAUUUGUAAGGAUAUUUUGACCCCUGGAGAAGUUCAAAAUCACCCAGUGGUAAGAGCUUGUAGAUAUGGUGGUCCCCUGACUGGUCAAAACAUGGUACUUCAGAUUCUAGCUGGGAACUGUGGAUCAGCUUGCACACCUAUUGCAACAUUUCCAGAACACUUCAGCAAAGCCAGGUGCUUUCUUGGCCUCGAUUAAUGGUGUUUGUCCUGGGAGAGGGGAUAUUUUGUCAGCAGCCAGCAGCACGGCAUUGCACCAUUGCAUAUCAGGCUCUAAGGGACCCCCAGAUGCUGUGGGACUACAACUCCCAUUAUCUACAGCCAGCUUAGCCAAUUGUCAGAGAUGAUGGGUGUUGUAGUACAACAGUGUCUGAAGUCCCAAGGCUGAAGAACACUGAUGCAGACAACGCUAAGCUUGAUGGUCUCCUAUGUUUCUUCCCAUCACUUCUCUUCCUCAGUCCCCAGAAUUGCCCUUACCUGCCUCACCUCUCUCUCUUUUUCACCUUUCUUUCCCCUUUUUGGAGUUGAUUUAAAUGGUAAUCUGAAUUAGGAUGGGAGGAAUGGGCAUUACCUGUAUGUACUAAUAAGAUACCUUAGUUUUCCUUCACUUAUACCUGUAAAAUUUGCUUUAAAACCUAAGCCCGAUUAAUGAAAGAAUAAAGCUCAGCUCUGUGUUACCGUUUUUCUGUCAUCAUCCAAGUGCAUGGAUUUAGACAUGCACAUCAAAAAAUGGUAUUACAAGCAUUGUACAAAACAGGAACUUUCUUCAGCAGUAUUCUUUUUCUAAACACUGUUGUGCACCGAACCCCAAGGGAGCAAUUUACCAUUUACCCCCCAAAAAACUCUGUUCAGUUACGUGGCAGCUGCUUUUGUCGGAGUAUUAAGAUGCUGCUGUAUUUCCCCCUCCUCCCCAGCGAAAGUUUCAUUCAUUUAUCUAUUUAUAUCAUUAACCCACUCAGUGCCUAAUGACUUUGCACAUGCAGCAACAUUCCGCUUGCAGAAAUAUUGAUCCUGCAGAAAAGCUUUAGUUGCAAAACCGCAAGUGGCAGCUGGUGCCACUGGUUCUAAUGAUGGCAAUUGAAAGAAAGCCCAAUCAGAGACUGAAUGGCUGCCCCGACUGAAAGGUUUGGGAAAGUAGCAGCAGAUGGGAUAGGGCAGAGGCGUCCUCAUGACCCUGACAUCUUACCUAAGGGCACGGGUACACCUGAAGGACCUCAUAUGCUUGAUUUGAAGAUAAAACAGAGGGGAGUGGAAUAUGCACACCCUGAACUCUUGGAGGAAGGGCGAGAAGACAUGAAAUAAACAUCUGUGUAAAAUUCAGGCUAGCUGCAGCUUAGAGAAUCUGAUGAGAGAGCAUUAUGCCUUAUAAGAACAUGGCUAUGUGCACAACAUACAUUAAAGAACAUGACAUCCUCCAAAGAAUCGUGUGAACUGCGGGUCAUUCCUCAGAGAGCAUCAAGUCUGGCACCUUUAACAAACCGCAGUUCCCAGAACUCUUUGGUGAAAGUCACAUGCUUUAAAUGUAAGCCAUGUGUGCAGCCCAUGUUGAUUUCUUGUCCUGAUAACACAAAGGUCUCCAACACUGGGAUUUAAUCAAAUCAGCCAAAAGGAAAGAAGCAAUUUAUUGUCAUACUGAGGUCCUCGAGAAUUUAUUUGCCAGCGUGAAAUGACAAAACACUGCUCUGUUUCCUCCAGGGGUAGAAUCAAAUAACACUGCCUUUUCAAAUUCCAGCUGUUUAGAGGCUGACUUUUCCCUUUCGGGAUGAGUCAAUCAUGUUUGUCACAAUAGAAGUUCAAUAUAACUUCCACUGUGCCUCACCUUUUACAACACAAAACUUCUCUUGGUAAAGAUAAGUUGUAAACAACGCUCACUUCCCUGUGCGUACAAAAUGGCUGGCAUUCAUCUAAAAAGCUGUAAUUGAAACAUCUCACUUGUAAUCUUCUGUUUGAUUCCUAUGCAGAAAGAAAAGAAAAGUGGUCUGCUGAAGCUUCUGGCAGGAGCAUCCACAAAAAAGAAAUCCCGCUCUCCUCCGUCAAUGUCCCCAACACAUGACCCUCUGGCAGUGAUGGAAGGGAUGCUGCAGGGGGCUAUGGGACCUGAACUAUCCUCUCUCUCUAGCCACGGGAGGGCAGGCUCAUGCCCAAUUGAAAGUGAAAUGCAAGGAGCAAUGGAGAUGGAGCCUCUGCACAGAAAGACAGGCUCUUUGGAUUUGAAUUUCCCUACUCCUUCUCCCAUAAGGCAGCUUCCGCCUUCAAUGGCAGCCAUCCGCCCAGAACCUAAGCCAUUGUCUCGAGAAAGGUAUGUCAUCCAAUUAAGCGUGUUCACUUGUAUUUUGGGUUAGCUGCCAUCCUAGGCAGAGUAUUUUGUACAGAAACAUUUUCAUUUCAUUGCAAGGUUCCUAAGAACUGGGAAGAUCAGCUAACUAGAUCUAGCCCAAACCACCUUCCAACACAGGACACCUGCUGCAACGGCAUCCCUGAGUUGGCCAUCCAGCCUCUGCUUAAAAACCCCUAAUGGAAUGCUCUCCCCAUUGAGAGCUACCUGGCACCAACUUCAUCAUUGUUUUGGGGCCAGGCAAAGAUAUAUUUUUGUUUUCCAGCACAUUAGAGCAGCACCAAUGACUGGAUUUCUCCCCAACUUUGAUUAUGUUCUCAUAUAUAAAAUAAAAAUGGAAUAAUGUCGUCAUGCUGCAGUUCACAUGACUGCUGACAGGUGGCGUUUCAAACUGCAGCAUGACAGCAAACUGGGCUGUCGGAGCUGCUAGACUCUUGCAGCAGCAUUGGAGGCCAGAGAGGAUGGAGAUGGAAAGGCAGGCAGGCAGUCCCGGCCAGCAAGUUUGUGAGUGGGCAUACCAGACAACUGAGCAUCCUAAGCAAGCAAGUCGGCAGCCCAGGCAAACUCUAGAGGUUCUAAGGAGAGAGGGGAAGGUUGGUUUUGGUGAGAUCAGGAGGAGGGGUGACUUUGGUGAGGGAUGGGUUGGGUGCAGGCAGAGUCAGCAAGGGAAGAGAGCAGGGGCACAGCCCCUUCCUUUUAAUAUGUUUGUAUAAUUUUAUUAGGGACAUGGGUGGUGCUGUGGUCUAAACCACAGAGCCUACGGCUUGCCGAUCAGAAGGUCGGCGGUUCAAAUCCCCGGGACGGGGUGAGCUCCCAUUGCUCGGUCCCUGCUCCUGCCAACCUAGCACUUCGAAAGCACAAAGUGCAAGUAGAUAAAUAGGUACCGCUCCGGCAGGAAGGUAAAUGGUGUUUCUGUGCGCUGCUCUGGUUCACCAGAAGCGGCUUAGUCCUGCUGGCCACAUGACCCGGAAGCUGUACUCCGGCUCCCUCGUCCAAUAAAGUGAGAUGAGUGCCACAACCCCAGAGUCCGCCACGACUGGACCUAAUGGUCAGGGGUCCCUUUAUCUUUACCUAUAUUUUUAUUGCAUCACUGUAUUUAUACUUGUACACCACAUUGGGACAUUCUAUUACGGGAAGCAAUUAAUAAAUUCAAUAACUUCAUUAACUCCCUGCCUGCUGUGAUUCUAAUCAGCCACUCCCAGGGCUGCUAUUAGCAUUUUUUAAAAGCAUGCACAUUAUUAAGUGCAAAGACUCCGUUUUUAACCCCCAGAGAUAAUGAAAAAAAAAAACCCACCCUAUAGCAGACUUCUGAAUAACCAAGUAUAUGUGGGAAAUAAGAAUUGUUUCCACAUUACAAAAAAAUUGGUUCUCUCUGUGUGUCAUAAUUCACAUCAGAAUAUCUGGGCAUGAGGGCUAGCAGAUUUAGUAGCAAGACUGCUUUAUUUGGCUACUGGUAGGACAAGUCAGUAGGAACAUUCCCAGACUUGGAAGCACUGAAGCCUGCUCCAUGACGCCAACGGUUGUAUUUCCACCAAAACCCAGAAAAAAUUAGCCUUACUAUUAAUUUACAUUUUUUUCUUCUAACCAGGCAUGAUAAAAAUACUGCUACAUUCUUAGCCCCAAGAAUGGAAGUUAAGGAAGGGCAGGAUUGUGAAGCUGUGGAAUGGAAAAUGCACAGAGCCAGGUGGCCAGCCUGUGUUCCCAUUGUUUGCACAAUAAGCUGCAAAUGGAGUUAUACAGAUGGGCCUCUUAAAACAUUACAGAUAGUGCUAAUUGCACUUUGUAGUAGCUGAGAAUUCAGAUCCUGAUUUUCAGGCCUUUUGAUUCCCCGAGUCUUAAAUCCGAGAAUAACCUCUAAUUGAAAUAAGCUUAAUUAUACUCAGCAGGCAAGGUUUUCUAAUUGAUUUAUGAAUUAACUUCCAUAUCACUGGUUUAUCUGCACCCCUUAACUGAUCAUAUGGUUCUUUAUGCCUAUAAAUGAGGAAUAUUAAUUACCUUUGCACACUAGGAAGGAUAAUGCCUAGCCCUGGAUCAUUGGAGCAGCUACAUUAAACUCUUGUCUGGAAGUUCAUUCCACAUCCAUUUGUGCUCAUUAAGUCACCCAAGUGCUCAGUAGUACAAUUUUUAAAAAAUAAAAUAAAAUACAUGUGUGAAGCUGCAUUUCACAUCUGGCAACAUAGUGACUUUUUCAUCUCCGCACUCAACAUGUUUGCUUGUUUGUAUUUUACUGUAUACAUAAUUUGUUCAGUUCUAUAGAUGAAGUAAAGUGCAUGGGUGGGUUCAGAUGAACAGAUUCAUAUUUUAUGCAGCACUUGUGGCUUGACAACCACAAAUAUAUAAAAUACGGGAGAGUUAGGCAAUAAAACACAGCAGGCACAGCUUUAUUAAAUGUGAACCCUCAAAAUUGGAAUGCCCUCCAAACUGAUGCUAAUUUUUUUUACUUGUUUUGUACCCUGAGCCCCGCAUUUUGUGCCCCUCCAUCUGAGUACCCCCCACUACCUAGCUCAGGCAUAGGCAAACUCGGCCCUCCAGAUGUUUUGGGACUACAACUCCCAUCAUCCCUAGCUAACAGGACCAGUGGUCAGGGAUGAUGGGAACUGUAGUCCCAAAACAGCUGGAGGGCCAUUGCACUCCCAUUGCAAGAAGCUACCUAACACUUAUUGCAAGAAGGAAAACAAUUCUUAAUUACUGCAGUGCUUUUUGUGGGGCUUCCCAAGCCUUGGGGGUCGUUGCUUGUUGUCAUUCCUACCUAUUAAUGGGCUAAAUUUUAAUUGCAAUAAAAGGUAGAGGAAUUAAUCACACUGAUUAAUUGUUUGCAGCCUGGAGUGGAAUUCAGAGCCGACUGUGCAUUUUGUAAGGUAUUGUGUAUGAAACUAAUCAGAUAAUGAAGCCCUGGGAGGGAAUGGCUCGGAUUUUCCUUCACUGUAGCACAUUCUAGCCUGCAUUUAUUCCAAUUCUAUUUUCUUAACACCCGCUUCCUUCCAGUGCUGUUUGCCUAAACAUAUAACCGCUGUAAUCAGCACAACUGAGAUAAUCCAGUUUCAUCUCUGCGAGAGCUGUCAAAAAAUGCCUAGGAAGUGCUGUUAUUUGCUUAAUAUUCCUGGUCCUUAUAACGCUGAAUUUGCCUGGUCUGGCUGAUCAAUGGAGCAGGAGACCCAAGACCCACCAUUCGUGUUAUAUUUUGCAAAAAAAUUCAAAUACGUGAAAACGUUUUGGCAGAUAGCAAAUCCCUAUGUGCCUAUGUACACAUAAGGUAAAGGUAAAGGGGACCCCUGACCAUUAGGUCCAGUCGUGACUGACUCUGGGGUUGUGGCGCUCAUCUCGCUUUAUUGGCUGAGGGAGCCGGUCUACAGCUUCCGGGUCAUGUGGCCAGCAUAACUAAGCCACUUCUGGCGAACCAGAGCAGUGCACGGAAACGCCGUUUACCUUCCCGCCGGAGCGGUACCUAUUUAUCUACUUGCACUUUGAUGUGCUUUUGAACUGCUAGGUUGGCAGGAGCAGGGACCGAGCAAUGGGAGCACACCCCAUUGCAGGGAUUCUAACCGCCGACCUUCUGAUCGGCAAGUCUUAGGCUCUGUGGUUUAACCCACAGUGCCACUAUGUACACAUAGUAUCCCUUUAGCUACUAUGUAGCCCUUUAGAGUUUUGCCAUUUGUAAAUUGGGGUGGGGGAGACACCAAUUUAUUGUGUUAUGAGCUCCAGUUUUCCACCUCUGCUUUGAAUUGCAAUUGGACAGUCUGAGCAGAUGCGGAAUGCUUCUGCCACUACGAUGCACCUAAAUUUGAACAGUUCGAAGUAAAAUAAAAUGUUGCAUUUCCAUUCACCAGGAAGAUGGGGUCCAAUAAACUCUGCCCUAUUUUGCGUAUUCCAUUAUGCACAUCCAUACACAGUUGCAAGAUUUGAAACCUGGGAUCAUUUUAGCUAAAAUUACUCUAAUUGAAUAAUGUAAUUAGUCAGCACUGAAGCAGCAUGUCUAAAAUAAUGUGAACAUUCAUUUGCAUAAUGGCUGAGAUUGGCAGUGCUUCGCAAAGUGUAGCAGAUCUGCCCAUGGCAGUAUGAUAGACUUUCUCCAUAGCUAGCCAGUAGUCCACAUUUCAAACCCUAUUACUUGCAUUGGCACACCCGGAGGAAGUGACAGCCUGAUUUACUGGUGAGGGGGAAAGAUGACCAGCUUAUUUUGGAUCGCUCAUGAGCAGGGAUGUUGGAGAAUUCUGUCAAAAAUGGAAAUGGGAGCAGCAAUGUUUGCUUAUUCUUCCUGUGUCCAGAACAGAGAUCAAUCAGUGAAUACAACUGGUAUUCACUGUUGUUAUCUGCAAAUUGUGUGUGUGUGUGUGUGUGUGUGUGUGUGUGUGUGUGUGUUCCCCAUCUGCAUAGUUUCCUUCACAAUGAAAUGAAUGGGGUGGAAUAAUAACAAUAUAAUUUGCAUCAUUAAUGGCACAAAUUACAUAAUUUCACCACAGCAGACAGCAUGACAAAUAACAUUUUCAGCAGAAGGUGAACUGCAGCAGAACGGAAACAGGGCUGCUUGCAACAAAUACAAGACAACUGCCUCCUUACAUCCUGACUCAUGAGCGCUAUAUUCUACACAGUUGUGCAAUCAUGUCAAAAUACACAGCUUUUCUCCAGGCAUUUCAGAUACAAUAUGAUGCUCAACAGUGUUAUAGUGACCCCUCCUAUGCUUAACCGAUGAUGUUACACUGUUAGGGAAGUGCCAUGCAUCUGAUCCAUGAUCAGAUCCUGGCAGCCACUCCACUAAAGGAACAGCGAAAUGCAAGUAUAAUAGACAAAAGAACCCAGUGACUUUUUAAAUAUAUCCUCUUAGCUGAAAAGCAAGGUACAGAGAUACUCUCUCAAUAAAUCAGCUUGUGUAUUUGCCUGGCAGCUACAGAUGACCAGGAAUUCUAUGCAAGCCUGUGAGCAAGAAACCAAGCAGGCUGCUGGAGCAAAGGUGGUCUCUGAGCUGCAUCCAGAUAGCUAUGUUAUGGGGCAAUAAUAAACGUAAAUGCUAAAUAAGUAAAAUGCAGCAGGCUGCUGACGAAGGGACGUGCCUCCCUGUCCCUUUUCUGCUACCACCCCAGAGGCUGGUGAAGCAUUCUGCAGCCUAGUGACUUUUGACGUCCUAUUGGUAAAACUGACAUAAAUAUAUGCAUUGUGUAAGAGUUUCUGGCGUGGGAACUUUCCACAUCAUCAUUCCCAACCAGCCUAUGCGGUUGCUGGUUCCAGGUGUAGAUCUCUGACCCUUCCAGGGAGUAGAAGUAGAGCGUAUGAACCACCUUCUGCAAUAAGGUCUACCCUUCUGUCUCUUAAAGGUAUCGUGUUGUGGUCCCCUAUCCGCCACAAAGCGAAGCCGAGAUCGAGCUGAAAGAAGGCGACAUCGUGUUUGUCCACAAGAAAAGGGAGGACGGCUGGUACAAAGGGACUUUGCAGAGAAACGGCAGGUCAGGCCUCUUUCCUGGGAGCUUUGUGGAGAGCUUCUGA